AUGUCUGCUGCGAUUGACUCGAAAUCCUGGCCAGUAGGUGUGUCGUGUCGAAGAGGGAAUCGUUCGAAGAUUGGCAAUGUAAUGAUCGGAGAGAGCCAUAGUGUGACUGAGAGUCGAAGACUGCAUUGA